ACGUGAAUUAAUAGAACUAGUGGAAGAAAGAGGACCUCAUGAUUUAUAUCUGAUACUAUAGAGUGCUACGUAUUCAAUUUGUUGCGCAACAAAGACGAAGACACGUAACCAUCUCGAAUCGUACUCGUAGAGCUUCUAGCACCUUCCUCCCUUCACUGCACAAUAUAAACUCUGCACAAUCUUCACUCUGUCUCUUAUGGCGUCUGCGGCGCGUGUGUUGCACUGCCAGCUGAGGUCGUCGUCGAGACCAACGGUUCCGGAGAAGGAACAUGGCGGUUCGGUUCACUUAGCGAUUCCGAAACCGAAAUCCGUGGAGGCGGAAGCGACGAAUAACAUCGUGUUGCAGCCGCGGUUGUGUACUCUCAGAUCGUACGGUUCGGAUCGUCUGGGUGUGAUGAAGAGCGGGAAGGACGACGUGUCUCCUUUCUUCGCGACGCUUUCGGAGUAUAUUGAGAGCUCUAAGAAGAGUCACGAUUUUGAGAUCAUAUCUGGUCGUCUCGCUAUGAUGGUGUUUGCAGCGACGGUGACAAUGGAGUUGGUGACAGGAAACUCUGUGUUCAGAAAGAUGGAUAUUGAAGCAAUCACAGAGGCGGGUGGGGUGUGUUUGGGUGCGGUAACUUGUGCAGCACUCUUUGCUUGGUUCACCAGUGCCCGUAACAGAGUUGGUCGAAUCUUCACCGUAAGCUGCAACGCAUUCAUAGACUCCGUAAUUGACCAAAUUGUCGAUGGCCUGUUCUAUGAUAGCGGCGACCCUAUCGAUUGGUCUGAUGAACUUUGAUGCACUAGCUACUAUAAUUCUUACCAUUUUACACUCUUAAAUGUGUGUAAAAAUCUUAGUCACAUUAAGACUAAGAUGCAAUACAAAUAAUAUAUAUACACAUAUGGUUAGACGAAGAAAAGCGAAAGCGAUGCCAUCACAAUGCAAACUAAAAAAGAAAAUAUGAUGCGCAUCAUAGUCCACAGAUUGCUUCACGAUUGGACGUUUACUGUAAACAAAUAUGUCUCCCUUUCUUGAGCAUUCAUAGCUAAUGAAAUGUAUUCUUUGUAACGUGGAUGGGUUUAUCAUUAAGAACUCCAAGACUCUACUAUGUGAACUACCGUUUUCAAUUUCUAUUAUGUGAACUGCCGUUUUCAAUCCUAUGUCAUUAUCUAAAUAAUUGCAACUAUUUACUUGUAUCAAAUAGGUUUAAACUAAUGUGUUGGCUUUGUAUGAACAAGAAGUGGUGGGAGAAUUUGUACACAAUAGAUUGUGUCAAAGGAUAAUGUUGAAUGGUCAUACUUUGUAUUUCACAGCUUAAACAGUUAAAUGUUGAAUUAUGCUGCGUUUUCGAUUGUUUGAAUG